GGAGAGGGAGGAGGAAAGAGAGGGAGCCGAGAGAAAGAGCAAUGCCCCGUGACGAGGACAGCCGCAGUCGCUCGAGAUCCCGUGAGCGCGGCGUCAAGAAGCGUCGUGAGCGUGAGAGGCGACGGGACAGCCAACAGGACAGGCACCACGGCAAAGACGACAGAACCAGGUACACACGGAAUUAUGGACUCUGACUGACUUGCGGCAAAAUGACAGAUUCAUACACUUUUCGUUUGGUCGCUCAGGCGGACAGAUGUGCGCCGGCGCCGCAGGUCAGUCGUCAGCAAGCACGGAGGGAGGCAUUCAAUCUUGUCAGUCACCUUAAUUCUGCAUUCGCGUCCGUGUGUGCCGUCGUUCAGGAGCGCGUCACGUUCUCGUUCCCAUUCUGAAAGCGAAAGUAAGGCGGCACGCAACGAGAGGCAGGGCAGGCGGGAGGUGCUGUGCCUUUUCAGCGUAUCACUCACAUUCGUCAUACAGAGCGCCAGCCUGCAGAAAGUAGCACUGAGUGCGCUCACGGGUUGUGUCUUGUCUGUGCUUCGUCCCUACAGGCAACAGUGAUUCCGGAGGUCGGUGAUACACUCUUGUUCACUGAUGCGUCCAAACACGUCACAAACUGCCCAGCAAAGCGUAGCGCAGCAGACAGACCAAGAAUGGCACUUAUUCCUUACUGUCGGAAGACGGGACGGCCUGCCCGCCGUCACACACGCUGAGGCCUCCCGAGUCCUACAUCAAUCACAUCUGAUGGUGCUGACGUCGUGUGUCGUCGUGUGUGUGUAUGCUAUGGCAUAUGUAUGUAAGGUCAUCUUGUCAAGCGGCACGGUCGGUUUCGGGAUCGCAAGAGGAGCCAAUCACACGACCGCGAAAUGGACAGGUAAGGUACGUGAUUGGGUAGGUAGUUGGAUGGUUGGUUGCGGUGGAUGGGGGGGGAGGGCCCACCCUGCCCACCAUCUGUGUGUAUGUGUGUGGUGUCAGGCGGCGGCCUGUCAUAUCAGCGAUACCCCCGGAAGACAAGAUCAAGUACUACACAAACCACCACACGCGCCCCGCCCAUUAUGUCCCACCUACCUUACCAUUGCUCCCCUUGUGCGUGGCGUGUCUGUCUGUUUCUGGCAUCUUUCUUUCUGCACUGCAGGCAGCAGCAGGCGAUGGAGGAGAAGUCCAUCCAGGAUGAAGUGGCUAGAAGGUCGGUCAAGCACACGUACAACCGUAGAACCAAGCAACCAGGGCCAUCACAUUCCUUUCAUUUCUCUCGUGUGCGUGUUUGGUGCGUGCCGUGCAGGAUGGAGGCUGAGAUUCAGCGUCGCGUGCAGCAGCAGCUCAGCAGCGAUGCAUUCCAGAGGGUAGAGAAGACAGACCUUCAUAACGCUAGCUAGCUGGAAAUGGCAUGCGUCGUUUGUGUCCAUUCCCUCUCAGGCACUGCAUGAGCAGCUGGAGGCCGAGAGGAAACGCCUUGAAGCUGCCAUGGUACAUCAGGACAUGAACACGAUCAACCAACAGCACCGAAGAAACAUGAUCGUUGACUGCGUGUAUGUGUUUGUGUGUGUGCAGCAUGCUGAGAUAGAGGCGGAGAAGCGCAGGAUACUCGACGAAUGGAGGCGGAAAGAGGUGAACAGACCCACACGCAUGCAUGCCAAACAAUCAGGAACCCCGCCUUGUUUCUCUCUCUGUCUGGGUGUCCUUGAUGCAGGAGGAGAAGGAGCGAAGUGCCAAGGACCUGGAAACCCUCAUGGCAGAAAACGAGUGAGCAUCAAACGAACGACGCCCAUGGGCUCAGUGCCCGUGCUGACUGACCCCUGUCUGUAUGUUAGGCGCAAGGUUCGCGAGGAUGCCCAGCGGCGCGCUGAGGCGCAGGCCAAGCAGGACGAGGAGAGGCUGCUGGAGCUGCAACGGAUCCAGCACCAGAAGGAAGAGGAGAAACGACGGUACGACUCACACACACGAUAGAUAGACUAGGGCACUGACUGGCAGCUGUCGACGUCGUGCCUUCCUGAGGUCUGGCCCCGAGCCCAUCCUUUCCCUGUCCUCCACGAAUCUUGACUUUCGACUCGAUGGCCCACACAAGCUGUGUAUUGGGGUGUUGUGUGUGUGUGUUGCAAUGCAGGCGUAUUGUGGAGCUCCAGCAUCACGCGAAAGGCAACGCAGCGUCGGCUGUAUCGCGGACCAAAGUGGCCUUCAAACUAAACAGCAAGCCGGCUGCGGGAUUGCUGUGAAAGACCAAGACACUCAGCUUCUAGCUACUAGCUACUCCAGUUGGACGAUUGAUUGCAU